UCGUGUCAGGCCGAGAUGGGGGUUGGCCGUGGGGAACGCCGCGUUCCUGAUGUCCGUCCAAGCGCUGAGCUCGCCUUGGCCGUCUGUCCGGUGUCCGUUCUGCCUCUCCGGGAUCGGCCGAGGGCGCCUGGGGGCAGCGGCGCUUCUGGGGAUGGCCGUUCCUCCCCGCCCGACUCCCCUCUCUCCAUCCCCGGGGCAGACAAGGACCCUCUGGCUCACAAGAAGGUCUCCAGUUUGACCAUCAACUUCGGGCCCCAGCACCCGGCCGCCCACGGGGUGCUGCGGCUGGUCAUGGAGCUGAGCGGGGAGACGGUGAAGAAGUGUGACCCCCACGUUGGCCUCCUGCACCGAGGCACCGAGAAGCUCAUCGAGUACAAGACGUACCUCCAGGCUCUACCCUAUUUCGACCGCCUCGACUACGUCUCCAUGAUGUGCAACGAACAGGCCUAUUCCCUGGCUGUGGAGAAGCUGCUCAACAUCCGCCCCCCGCUGCGGGCGCAGUGGAUCCGAGUGCUCUUCGCGGAGAUCACCCGGUUGCUCAACCACAUCAUGGCCGUGACCACGCAUGCGCUGGACAUCGGGGCCAUGACCCCCUUCUUCUGGAUGUUUGAGGAGAGGGAGAAGAUGUUCGAGUUCUACGAGCGGGUCUCGGGGGCACGGAUGCACGCUGCCUACAUCCGCCCCGGUGGGGUGCACCAGGACCUGCCCCUGGGGCUGAUGGACGACAUCUACGAGUUCGUGAAGAAUUUUUCCAUCCGGGUGGAUGAGGUGGAGGAGAUGCUCACGAACAACCGCAUCUGGAAGAACCGCACGGUCGAUAUCGGGGUGAUAACGGCGGAGGAGGCUCUCAACUACGGGUUCAGCGGGGUGAUGCUGCGGGGCUCGGGGAUCCACUGGGACCUGCGCAAGACCCAGCCCUACGACGUCUACGACCAGGUGGAGUUCGACGUCCCCAUCGGCUCCCGGGGCGACUGUUACGACAGGUACCUGUGCCGGGUGGAGGAGAUGCGGCAGUCGCUCCGGAUCAUCCUCCAGUGCCUCAACAAGAUGCCCGAGGGGGAGAUCAAAGUGGACGACGCCAAAGUCUCCCCUCCCAAGCGGGCGGAGAUGAAGACCUCCAUGGAGUCCCUGAUCCAUCACUUCAAGCUCUACACAGAGGGCUACCAGGUGCCCCCCGGAGCCACCUACACGGCCGUGGAGGCCCCCAAGGGUGAAUUCGGUGUCUACCUGGUCUCGGACGGCAGUAGCCGGCCCUAUCGCUGCAAGAUCAAGGCUCCUGGAUUUGCCCACCUGGCCGGGCUGGACCGCAUGGCGCAGGGCCACAUGCUGGCAGACGUGGUGGCCAUCAUCGGCACGCAGGACAUCGUCUUCGGGGAAGUGGAUCGGUGAUGGGUCACUCCCCCCUCGGCUGCGUGUGCUGCUCCGGGCACGGGGAGCCCCCGCCCCGCGCCCCUUCCUCUUCUGAGUCAAAUAAAGACAAAAUCGGGUCCUGCC